GUUGUUUAAUACAAUUACCAAAACACCUAGAUAAAAAUGGAAACCAGCUCAAUUGUGCCCGAUGUUAUCGACACAAUGCCUUCCAACAUAAUGAAAGUCAUAUACACAAGUGGUUGUAAGGCCGACCUGGGCAACGAGCUAACACCGACCCAGGUGAAAUCACCGCCCAACGUAGACUGGCCAACAGAGUCGGACCAACUCUACACCUUAAUUAUGUUGGACGCCGACAGUCACGAUGUGAACAAUGAUAAACUAGAUCGACCAGAUUACCCGGAUCACAGUGGCCAUCAAACACUGCACUGGCUGGUGGUGAACUCUAGCCGUACUGACCCUGGUCAAACUGUUACCGGCUAUAUGGGUUCGGUGCCCACCCAGGGUACAGGCUAUCAUCGGUACGUAUUUUUAGUGUACAAACACAGGCAUAGGAUUGUAGUGCCGGUCACUGAUGGCGGUAUAAAGUGUCGCAAAGGUUUUAACCUGAGAGAGUUUGUCCAGUUUUAUGCCCUUGGUGAUCCUGUGGCCGCCAAUUUUUAUCGCGCUAAGUUUGAUGAUUACGUUCCGGUGCUAAAGAACAGGAUGUUGAAUAAAACGCGCCAGGUUGUCCGUAACCCGACGCAGCACUCUCAGGCAUUUUAUUGGAUCUGGGAGGGUUACGGAUAA